GGCAUUUGAUUAAAUCCUGUUAUAUCCUGAUGACCGAACUUGGAAUUGGAUUAUUUAAAGCUGAGAAUAGUUUAAUUUCUGAAACAAGAAAGCAGCAAGAAUUGUGAGGGAAAUUCAAAUGCUCCGUGCUGUUUAUCAUCAGCUUGCAAGAAGUACUGCAUGGUACCGAUAUACAACACCUUGGUCUGGGUUCCAUUCAACUCCACAAACAAUUGUUAAAGGAAAUAUGAAGGUCAAAAUCAUACCAGCUUUGGAUGAUAAUUACAUGUAUCUCAUUACAGAUGAAAAGACUAAUAUUACAGCAGCAGUCGAUCCAGUUCAACCAGACAAAUUGAUGGAAGAUGCCAAAAAAGAUGGACUUGAAAUUUCCAUGGUGUUGACCACUCAUCAUCAUUGGGAUCAUGCGGGUGGAAACAAAGAAAUAGCUGGUAAAAUACCAAAAUUAACAGUGUAUGGUGGUGAUGACAGGAUCGAUGCUCUCACUAACAAAGUUGAACAUGGAAGCCAAUUCAAGAUUGGUUCUCUGUCAGUUGAAUGUCUCCUUACACCUUGUCAUACAAAAGGACAUAUAUGCUACUUCAUCAAAGGAAAAAAUGAAGAUGAGGACCUUGCUGUUUUUACAGGUGACACACUUUUUGUUGGUGGUUGUGGAAAAUUUUUUGAGGGGGAACCUGAACAGAUGUACAAUGCUCUUGUCAAGACACUUGGAGUUUUGCCUUCUAACACUAAAGUUUAUUGUGGUCAUGAAUAUACUGUAUCCAACCUUAAGUAUGCUCUUCAUGUUGAACCUGAAAAUACCAAUACAGUAAACAAGAUGGAGUGGGCUAAGGAAAAAAGGAAAGCGAAUGUUCCGACAGUUCCAUCAACAAUAGGAGAGGAAUUCAAAUUCAAUCCAUUCAUGAGAGUAGAAGAUGAAUGUAUUUUGAAGUACUCAAAGUGCUCUUCAGCAGUAGAGGCUAUGGGAUUUCUGAGAUCGGAGAAGAAUAAUUUCAAACCCAAAAUGUAGAAUCUAACCAUAAUUGAUGUCUUAUCAUGUGUGGACAACAUGCAAUCAAUAGUACAUAGAGACUUAAUUUUUAAUUUUGUGUUAUUUACCGUAACGGAUAUAUGUAUUUUGUAUUUUCACCCUCUGACUGGCAGAUGCCGUGGCUCUGAUGUUAUGCAUUACAUGAUCAUGUAUACAUUGUUUGUUCUUGAAUCAAUAUCAUUCCAUGUUCAUCAAGUAAGGAAUCAUUGCUGAGUUCUUCAUUUAAUUGCUGAAUUUAGUUGAGCUGAAUGCAGCUUAACUAGCGUUAUUCUUAGUACAGUGAAUGAUAGCAAUUCCGCUCACAAAGUAUAUAGUAGACACGAAUGAAUAGAAUAGACUUGUUGAAUUGCUACACGAAUAUAGCAUCUACAAUAGCACAGUACAAUAAUAAUUGCUUCUCUGAUGGUGUUAAAAUCACCUAUGUUGUUGUUACUUUUAGUCUCGUUCCUCGUCACAUUCUUUAAUUGUCAAUAAUCAAUUCUGCAAAUUUGAAA